CAUAUUGACAGAAUCGUGUUACAUCGUAACUUCGAUAUUUUUCUGGUUUUCUUCGAAAUGUCUAUAGUUGGUACAGCUUCUAAGCUUUUCGUGAAUCUGGUAGCUCGACCGUUUCUAAACAAUAAUCUUCGUUCCAUCAGUCACUUGGUAGCACAAUACGAAAAGCCGGAAGAUAUUGUAUGUAGGUACGAGUGCCUAUUCAGUCGUGAAGACGCCGAUGGCUGGGACGUGAGGCAGGCAAUGAACGACCUCACCGGAUACGAUUCGGUCCCGGAGCCCCGGAUCGUGAUCGCUGCCCUGCACGCUUGCAGACGCCUUAACGACUACGCCCUCGCGGUCAGAUUCCUCGAGAUGGUGAAGAACAAGUGCGGCAAAGACGUCGACAAGAUUUACCCGUACAUCGUUCAAGAAGUGGGAUCCACCGUGGCAGAGCUCGGGUGCGAUUUUCCGGAGAGCUUGGGGUACGACAAGCCGGAAUUGUAUUGGGAAUCGGUGAUGGAUAUGUAGAGGCAUUGGUUAGGUUAGCGUUAAUAAAGUGAGGAUUCCCUCAAUUAGAAUGAUAGA